AUGAAAGUCAUUUCAACCAGGAAGUUUAUUCUGUUUGCUUUAGCUACAGUGGUCUUUCUCACAUCAAACAGCAUGGGCCUAAAUGAAGCAAUGAAGUCCAGGCUGCAGAGCAGAGAAGACAAUGAUGAUAAAGAUUAUGAGAUUAAAGAUAAUAUUUUGGAAGAAAAGCAGAGGAGUCUCAAUUUUGAAGAAAUGGAAGACUGGGGAUCAAAAGAUAUCAUCAAAAUGAACCCUUUUACAGGAAGCAAGAUGCCAAAUUCAGUUGCUAAUUUACCUCUUAGAUCUGGAAGAAAUUAUCCAGAAGAAAGAAGCAUUAAACCAUUUUCAAAUUUGCCCCUGAGAUUUGGAAGAGCUUUUGGAGAGAACAUACCUAAUCAUUCUCCAAGGGUAUCACACAGGCUUGAGAGAUCUCCCCUUGUUAAAGGUUCCAGUCAAUCACUUCUAAAUUUGCCACAGAGAUUUGGGAAGUCACUGGCUGUCAAUCUGCCUCGAGACGCUCAGGAAUUCGAACCAGGGAUAUGAAUUCUAACACUUACAUUAAUACUGGAAUGAAAUUAUGAAGACAG